AUGCAGCCCCUGAAAGUGUACCUCCGUUCUCCAAAAGCCAAAGCCCCAACUCGAGGUUCUGCAUUGGCUGCUGGGUAUGACUUGUACUCCUCUGAGAAGGCAGUGAUUCCUGGACACGGCCAAGGACUGGUGGCUACUGACAUCAGCAUUAUCGUCCCCGAAGGUACAUACGGACGCGUGGCUCCUCGUUCUGGACUUGCAGUCAAGCAUGGAAUUUCAACCGGUGCCGGAGUCAUUGAUGCUGACUAUCGUGGAGAAGUGAAAGUCGUUCUUUUCAACCACUCCAGUAAAGACUUUGAAAUCAACGAAGGUGACCGCAUUGCACAGCUUGUACUCGAAAAAAUUGUGAUGGCUGAGGUCAACGAGUUGACCACCGAGCAAUGGGAAGAAGAGACUACUGAGAGAGGUGAGGGGGGAUUCGGAUCUACUGGAGGAUUUGGAAAGAAAUAA